CCGUUAUCAUGUCUUAUUAUUAGAUACUAUUCAGCCUUCAGUCACCUGAUCAGAAUUUUAACUUUGCUAUCUUUGCCAUCACAAUCAAGUGCGUUUUGUUAUAGAACUGUGUGUCUAAAUGGACACUGAUGUUAGGGUAUUCCAUCCAGGGGCGGUUUUAGCAAAUUGGAGGCCCUGGGAAAAGAACAAUUUCUUCCACUUCCACGGUAAAAAACAAACAAAAAAAAAACUCGAAAGUACGACGAGGCCCCUGGUGGCCGAGGCCCUGGGCACCUGCCCGCCUUUGCCCAUUGGAACGCACCGCCUCUGCUUCCGAUGUGCACUAUGACAGACCUUUGUAAAAAAUCUAAAUGUUUGCAAACCCUUGUCUUUGUGUUUCUGGUCCCUUUCUAAAUAUUUAAAAUUCAUGAAACUAUUCAAUGAGCGAAAACAAACUGAAUUGUUGAUUGAAACAUGUCCCACUUCUCCAGAAGAGAGUCUGUAGAACGCAUUUCAACCAGAAUACUCAUUUCUAACAUUUCACCAGCAGGCGGCGAACUGCCUGAGGCGAACCCUCCACUACCCCGUUGUGCUCAACGAAAGUGGAAGUAGUCCUGCAGCUCCACUCUCAUUCAAAACUCUGGUCGCCAUAACAGUUGGCUUAGUUAGCCCCCUUCCCAUCAUUUAGCCUAGUAUUCGACUAUGCCGCUUUUAUCCAAUGUCACAGAGCAGAUAUAGCCUUUCCUCAGCAGGACUGCAACUCUGCGCUUCCUAUCGAACUCACCUUCCUCUCGAACAACGCGGAACUUGGUGUGUGCGGCUGUCGUCUUGUUCAUUCUCUGUUCACUCGACGCACGAUGAAGAGAAGCAGUUGUUGAGACUCCCAGUCUCCCUGCAGAGCAAUAAGACACCUGCGGGCAUCUCCACACGGGGACAAACACCACCAGGUGGGCAAAGAAGUUCGAGUCGGCAGAGUUGGUGUAGUGUUAUCACAAAACUCGGCUAUUUCCUGACGUGAUGGACUCUAAUCCAGAUGUGAAGAAGAGGAGCGGAGCCUCCGAAGGGGGCGUGUCUACAUGUGACUCUGACAGGGAGGAUUACCACAGCGAAGAUCUACAGAAGAUGUGUGAAGCCUGUACUGAAGUUCCAGACUCCAGCCACUGGGUCCUGGUGGAGCCUGACGUCUCCACAGGAAAGGACGAUUCAACCUACAGCCUGAGCUCUCCUGCAGGGAGGUAUGAGUGCUCAGAGUCUGGUCUGCGCUGGUCGUGUGCUGGUCAAGUCACCCUGCAGUACCGCUUCAUAGACUGGCAUCUCUUGGCUGGAGACCUGCAGUACAGACCAGCUGGCUCUUCGAUGGACAUCAAGCUCAUCUCAGGAGAGCUGCAGGAGAUCCACCUGCCACAUUUCCUCUGUUUGGGAGGUAGUCAGUCUUGUCUAAAGGAUGCUGUGAAGGUUCUGCAUAAGCAGGACGGUGGAGUGUGUUUGGAGAAGUGUGAGCUUAGUCGCUUUCAUGCCAGGCUGGUGAACCCCACCUCUUCUCUUCUUGGGCUUUUCUACUCUUUGAUAUCUCCCUUGCUCCCUGGGAAGAAGCAGAUGAAGAUCCAUGCUGAUGUUCAGGUCUAUCUGAGCAGCACAGUACCAUUCACUUUCCGCACAUACCUCCUGCCAGCGGAUGCCUAUCUCAGAAUGUUACUGAAGGAACAGGAAAUGGAGGAAGGAUUCGGAGGCACCAUGCUCGCCAAGGGCCGGCCUGAGAACCCUCUUCAGAUGAAGGAGUUUUAUGUUUUAAAGACCGACUGCGAUGCCCAGUAUCUGUCCAGGAGAACUAAGCCUUAGAUACAGCGAUAUUGUUCCCAACUUUACUGAGGUGCACUUAACCGAGGCUCUCGAAUUCAAGAUGGAAUUUCUCAGAUCUUCAGACCAACAGCAAGUCUGGGAAGUAAAGAUUUGGAAAAAUGAAUGCUUCUGGAACAAAACCACAAUAGGGUGGUGAGAGCACAUUGUGUUCAUAAUGUCGUUAUUGAUACAUUUGAUUGCUACAUUUGGUGUUUAUCAUAUAGCAUAGGGGACGAUAUUAAGGAAGUUGAUGUUUGGAUUUGCAAUAAAAAUAGCAAUAUGGAAA